AAAAUUACAAAAUUUGUUUCGAGUUUCAUUUAAUUGCACAAAAACUGAAACGAACAAAAAAUGUAAAUGCUUAUAGAAUUGAGGCAUCAUUUGCUUAAAUUGUAUAUUUACCUUAAGAGAAUCCUUGUUAGUUUUCUACAUACACUUUGGCAACAGUUCUUCAUGUUGAUUACAAGAAGAUAAAGUAUGUGUUGAUAAUAAUGAGUAAGCGACAAAAAUAUCUAUAUGUGAAAAAGGUUGCACGAUUUCUGGUGGUUGAACGAUUCUGAUUAAAAAGUGUCAUACUGACGUCUUCAAUGAUAAGUAGUUAAAAUGUUGAUGCAUAGCCAAAUUUGAAAAGCUGCAGCAGACGGGAGUGGUGAUUCACGACACAGGAGGAACAGUAAUUGCAGCAAGCUUGAAGAGAUAUACCUGGAUGAUGAUGGUUCUGGAAGUUCUUCUAAAGUCUCAACCAUAUACGGGGUGGCUGGAACAAUUAGGUUGCUAGCAGGUACACACUUGCUAGUUAUAACUUCCAGGAAAGAUGUGGGAACUUAUCUUGGUUUUCCAGUUUUCCGGGUCACAUCUAUGAAGUUUCUAUCCUGCAACGAGGCUUCAAGGUUCUUAACUAGUCAAGAAAAAAAGGAUGAAGCUUACUUUAAGACUCUGUUGAAAAUAGUGGAAUCAACUCCAGGUCUAUAUUAUUCUUAUGGGAGUGAUAUCACGCUCAACUUGCAGAGAAGGUUUAAGCUGGCAGAAGGGUGGAUGAGUAGACCAGUAUGGAAGCAGGCUGACCCACGAUUUGUUUGGAAUAGAAAUUUACUGGAGGGGCUUAUCGAGAACAAGCUUGAUAAAUUUAUAAUCCCUCUGUUACAAGGAAGCUUCCAGACUGGAGAAAUCAAUCUGAAAAAUUCCCCUGCUGUAAUAACAUUAAUUUCCCGGAGAUGUACACGGCGCCUAGGGACAAGAAUGUGGAGAAGAGGAGCCAAUCUAGAAGGAGACACUGCUAAUUUUAUAGAAACUGAACAGCUGCUUGAAUUAGGAGGUUAUAUCUCCUCAUUUCUGCAGGUUCGGGGUUCAAUUCCACUGCUGUGGGAGCAAAUUGUUGAUCUGAGCUAUAAACCACGCCUUAAUAUCAUUAAUCAUGAGCAGACAUCAAAAGUUGUGGAGCGGCAUUUUAAUGAUCUAUUGCAAAGAUAUGGAGAGUGUGUUGCAGUUGACCUGACAGAUAAGCAUGGCGAUGAGGGUUUAUUGAGUAUGGCUUAUGCAUGCGAAAUGCAAAAGCUGCCAAAUGUGAGAUACGUCCCAUUUGACUUCCACCAUGCUUGCGGCAACACAAACUUUGAUAAUUUACAACUUCUAUAUGAUCAAAUUUCGGAAGACUUUGAGAAACAAGGAUAUUUCCUUGUCGAUCCUGAAGGGAAGAUUGUAGCCGAACAAGGAGGCAUAAUUAGAAGUAACUGCAUUGACUGUCUUGAUCGAACAAAUGUGACACAGAGCUUCUUGGCAAAGAAAUCUUUAGACAUUCAGCUGCAAAGAAUUGGUGACUUUUCUCCAAUUGAGACCAUUUCUACAUUUGGUGAAGAUUUUGAAAUUUUUAAGACUUUAUGGGCGGAGCAAGGUGAUGAGAUAAGCCUUGAGUACUCGGGAACUCUUGCCUUGAAAGGGGACAUUGUGAGGUACGGUAGACAGACAAUGGGAGGACUCAUUAAAGAUGGGAUGAGUGCCCUUUCAAGAUAUUAUCUGAAUAAUUUUCAAGAUGGUGUCAGACAGGAUGCAAUUGAUCUUAUUAGCGGUCACUAUACUGUGAACGGAAAUGGUCCAUCUCCCUUCCAGCAUAAUGGAUUUGAUUCCAUCUCUUAUCUUCCAGUUGCAUCUGCUUUAGUAAUUGGAGGAUUGACAGUUACAUCAAUUACAUUAAAUCAAGCGGGACGUAAUGCACAAAGUUUUCUGUCAUCCGUGGUCUGUGCUGGUCUAACUGCUGGAUUAAUGGCCGUAAUAAAAUCCAAUGGAAGGCAGUUCUGUUCGAGGCCUCGCUUGUGUGGUCUUUUCUAGGAGUGAUGCCUCCUGAACUUUGUGCUCCGAUAAAAGGAUAAAUCAAGACUGCUAUUCUAUACAUGGCAAGUCAAGUAGUUUUUGAUUAUGUAAGUUGUGUUUUAUCAAUGGGAUUGGAUAUUACUGUAUAUUAUGGGCAGUUUGUUCUUGGUACUGCAAUCACGUCUCAAUUUAAAGUGGAUGAUUUUAUCUUGUUUACAAUUUCA